AUGGAGAGACCGGUGAAAGAUGGGAUCCUCUAUGUGCAGCACUGCAAAUUUGGAAAGAGGUCCUGGAGGAAGAUGCGAGCUCAGCUCUUCGCUGCCAGCCCCUCCGGCGUGGCCCGCAUGGAGAAGUUCGACGUGCGGGAUGAUGGCACGACACUGGAGAAGACCUCCCUGCGGCGGUGUGCCCGCCGGGUGAUCCGCCUCUCGGACUGUGUCUCUGUGGGCCCGGCGGGCACAGAGAGCUGCCCCAAAGCCACUGCCGCCUUUUACCUCACCACAACAGAGAAGAGCUACGUGCUGGCAGCUGAGCAGCGGGAUGAGUGGAUCACUGAGCUCUGCCAGCUGGCCUUCCAGGGUGCAAAGGAGAUGGCGCAGAGCAGCACUAGGAUCCAGCCCAGCCCCACUGUCCCCAUGGAGGAGAACUCUCUCUACUCCUCCUGGCAGGACCUGACUGAAUUCCCAGUAGUGGUGGUCCAGACAGAUGCAGCCACCCGCUGCGGCCUGCAUGGGCACUAUCUGCUCUCAGUUC